UUGCGGAUACAGUACAAAAUGUUCGACCGAUGGGUUCGUGAGCCCUACCGCCUCGCCACUACAGACGACUAUACCUCACGCUUCGCAACUUCAUGGUUCCUCUCGCCUCUGCAGCUGGCCAUAUGGCGCGGCAUCGUCGCNUUUUAUGCCUUUGUUGUCAUCUUCGUCAAUCUGGGCCAUGAAGGCAGUGUAAACGCAGGCCGAUCGUUUAGUUACUUUACUGUGCUCGGCUAUUGGGGACUGGCUUUCUACUACGCCCAUGCGCUCAAUUCUGUUAUGGCGUUCGGCGAGAUUGUGUUGCCUCGGACUCUGCCGCAUCCUUGGUUCAACAUAAUUCCUCUGAUCGUCUUGCUCGCACUUUACCUCGGCCUCGCCUAUCUUACUCACACGACUCAACACUUCUACGUGUAUCCCUUCCUAGACCCGNNUAAGCAUAUAUCUCAUGUUGAUCUCGAAAUACUUUCGCAUGCUUACUGGAGCAAUAGUCAGAACGGCAGGGGCUUGAUUGCUGGAGCCUGCAUUGGCAUCCUGGCCGCCGCAAUCGUCGUCUUUGUCAUCGUCUAUUUCUUGAUCAAGCUGCGCGAGUGGAUCACCGAGACCAAACUUGGACUUUACGGAAACCUGUCUACUCGCAACGGCAGAUUGAUCAAGAGUCAAACUCAUGAGACUGUUGAGAUGGACCACAUCAGAACCAAGGAUUCUGCAGUCUAG